AUGUUAUUCUUUUUUUUUUCCCUCUCUCUUUAUUGCAAUGCCUGGUUGGGUGGAAGUACGCGAAUAGAGGAUGGAUUGUAUUCCCCGUGUAGAAUCAUUGGAAAAACUGCUGCUUUCAUGCCUUCCUCCCAUUUCUUUUCUUCCUCUCACUACAAAACAGGUUGGUCCCUUCUUGUUUUUGCUUUUUUCCCCAUUUCUUUUUCUUUCCUAAUUUUUUGUUGUUCACGGGGCACUUCAUCCAUUUUGAUGAUAGUUUCAACGUGUGUGAAUGCCCCCGACGACCUCCUUCGUGUGCUCGUGUAUGUCUGUUGUUUAACUUUUCCUAUUCCCGCUCACAUGCAGACACACGUGUGCUUUUCAGGUAAAUACUUAUUUCAUUUCAUGAUCAGCCUGUUCAUCGUUUGGGCUUUUAUACAGUUUUCUAUCCCCUUCCAUAAAGAUAUGUUCUUUUUCUCUUUGUGGGGUUAUAUUUUCAUUUUCAUUUUUAUCUGCUUUGCUUUUUUUUUACUGUCUUCGUGCACAUUUGACAAUGUUCUGUUCAUUCUGUUUCCCUUUUUUUUUCUUUUGUUAAGUCGGCCAACGUUUUCUUUCACCCCACCAAUGCGCGUUUUACUUUCCGUAAUCCCUUUUCCGCAUCUGUGUUUGGCAGCACAGUGCCACUACAAGUGA